AUGGAGGAGGACCAAGUAACAGAGAACUUGCAUCAGGACUCCGAGGGGAGUGGUGCGGCGACGCCCACCGACACCGAGGUGAUCAGGGGAAAGGAAGAUGCUGGUCUGCACGAAAAACAGUUGUCGGACUCAUCCGGUACUGCAGCUAUCGAGCCGAUUGCCGUGAGCGUGAAACGAUUUCUAUCUCUCCGCAAUGGCGAUGACCAAGACCUUCAAUCUGCAAGGAUUGUGAUGGAAAAUGUAACAGUUGAAGGCAGUGGCACAGGUGCCCUUCCGGCCCCGAGCGUGUUGACAGACGCGAAAUCUGGCUUCGGAUUGCUUGAGCCGAUACAAAGUAGAAUGCAUCGCCCGUCCUCGCGACCUAUUCUUCGGGAUUUCUCCGCUGCCAUCCAACCAGGGGAGAUGGUUUUGGUGAUUGGAAAGCCUGGCAGUGGUUGUACCACCUUCUUGAAAACCUUGGCUGGUAUGUGGAGUGAAUAUAAGGGCGUCCAAGGUGACUUGACUUUUGGAGGAGAGUCCAUGAAGUCCGUCAUCGAGAACCAUUCGCAGGAUGUUGUAUUUUGCGGCGAGUCCGAUGAUCACUUCCCGACCUUGACCGUUUCUGAGACGCUGCGAUUCGCACUUAGGGCACGCUGUGGACCCAAACCAUCAGCAUCAGAGAUCGACGAGAGAGUCCGCUAUCUGGCCCAGCUGGUCGGACUCAGUAGGGUGCUGAACACUAAGGUUGGAGACGCCUUUGUUCGAGGAGUGAGUGGAGGCGAGAGACGACGUGUCUCGUUAGCUGAGGCGCUAGCAACAUGUGCACGUCUUAUUUGCUUAGAUAACCCGACAAACGGCUUGGACUCCUCGACGGCCCUUGAAUUUAUAGAGAUGAUGCGGGAGUGGACACUGCAGAGUCAGUGUGUCACUGCCAUGAGUGUUUACCAAGGCAGUGAUGCUAUUGUUCCAUACUUUGACAAGGUUGUUGUCAUCAAUGCUGGACGCCAAAUCUUCUACGGAACCAUUCCAGACGCCAAAGCCUACUUCCUUGGUCUGGGCUUUGAAUGUUCAUCUGCCACUACCACCACAGACUUUUUGAACUCUAUGUCUGCCGAUCCCGGAGUCCGUCGUGUACACGAAGCCUACCGAGAUCAAGCGCCUCGCACACCAGAUGAGUUCCAGAAUGAAUUCCGACGCACCGUUCACUUUGAAGAGCUCCAGGCUGCCGUACAGAGGGCAAAGUCUCUUCCCACCUUGGUCCGCCCAACCAAGUCUGGCCAAUAUGCUUUACCACUUUAUCAACAAAUCGCGUACUGUACUACGCGUCAGGUGCGCAUUAUCCAGCACAACUAUAGCGCCUUGCUUGUGGAAGCCAUAUGUAUUGUUGUCCAGAGCUUGAUUUUAGGCACAUUGUUCCGAAACCAGCAGCGAGCCACGGGAUCUCUGUUCAUCUUCGGAUCUGCCCUCUUCUACUCGGUCCUUGUUCCAGCUCUGCAAGCUAUGGCAGAGUUUCGCAGUACUUUCGCCCAGCGGCCACUUAUUCUCAAGCACAAGCGAUACCGGCUAUACCGACCCAUGGCCUAUGGCUUCGGAUUGAUUAUGACAGAUAUCGUCUGGAAAAUCCUCGUCAUUUUCUGGAACAUUCCUUUGUAUUUCUUGACAGGUUUCCAAAUGAACGCUGCGAACUUCUUUACCUGGUUCGUUGUGGUAUAUAUCGAGCAUUUGGCCUUAUCCAUGUUUUUCCGCUCGGUUGCAGUGUUCUCGUCUAACAUGUACCGUGCUGUCCUUCCCGUCGGAAUUUUCUUCAAUAUGUAUGUUCUGUACACAGGCCUUUAUGUGCCACCACCUCAGAUGCAGGUAUGGCUAGGCUGGCUGAGAUACCUGAAUCCACUUCACUACGGUUUCGAAUCUGUCAUGAUCAACGAGUUUGCCGGUUUGACCUACGAAUGUAGCGCAGCAGACAUAGUCCCAAAUGGGCCUGGAUACACCGAUAUUGCUAACCAGGUAUGCGCUGUGGUAGGCUCUGAGCCUGGCCAGCGACUUCUUGACGGAAUGGCAUAUAUCAAUGCACAAUAUGGCUUUGAAAAGGGCAAUCUCUGGCGAAACCUGGGAAUCAACGCAGCAUUCUUUAUCGUUUUUGCCUUGGCUUCAGCCCUUGGUAUGGAACGCUUGAAGCAACCGGCAGGCCGUCUGGCAACUGUAUUUUAUCGUGGUUUGAAUUCCAAUCCAUCUCCUUCCCUCCCAGGGUCAAAGUCGUCCGAUCAGGAAAGCGGGGCCGUGGAUCUGGAUGCUCCUCCAGUGCAGGGCGAGGAAGGUACAACUGGCGAACGCAGUGUCACUAUCGAAUAUCAGUCUCGCAGCUUGACCUGGACGGAACUCAAUUUUGACGUCAAGACCAAAGACGGCCAGAAACGCCUGUUGACAAACCUGAAUGGAUCCGUAUAUAGCGGCCAGAUGAAAGCGUUGAUGGGCGUGUCUGGCGCUGGUAAGACCACCUUGUUGAAUGCCCUAGCCGGCCGAUCAAAGAACGGAACUUUGUCGGGGACACUGGCGCUGAACGGGCAGCUCCUCCCUAAGUCGUUUAAUCGCCACAUGGGCUAUGUGCAACAGCAGGAUAUCCACCUGCCCACACAAAGUGUACGAGAGGCAUUGCAGAUGACCGCCCGACUUCGUCGACCACAAGACGUGUCCCUCAAAGAGAAGGACGCCUAUGUUGAAGAGGUCAUCCGAUCCUUGGACAUGGAAUCAAUUGCCAACGCCUUGGUCGGAACCCCGGGGGCUGGCCUUAACUUGGAACAGCGUAAAAAGGUCAGCAUUGGCGUGGAGAUGGCUGCCAAGCCGGAUAUUCUCUUCUUAGACGAACCUACUUCCGGCCUCGAUGGCCAAUCAGCUUACUCCAUUGUUCGACUCCUGAGAAGACUUGCAGAUUCUGGACAGGCGAUCUUAUGUACCAUCCACCAACCGGCUGCAGAACUAAUUUCAACAUUUGACGAACUCUAUUUGUUGGCACGCGGUGGACAAGUGGUCUAUGAUGGCCCCUUGGGAGUGGACUGUCAACAGGCUAUCGCUCACUUUGCCCCUUAUGCUCGGCCGUGCCGUGAAAGGGAAAACCCUGCCGAGUACUUCUUAGAAGUGAUUGGCGCUGGUACCCGGCAGGAUGUUCAGACAGACUGGGUGGAGAUCUGGAAGCAAAGCCGUGAUCAAACUUCAGGCAACCACAAUGCCCUUGCAUCUUCCGAGGUUAGCGGCCCACUUAGUGGUGGAGUCCAUUCCUCGCUGCCGCUUCAUGCCGCUCCGUUCUAUUACCAGAUGCUCGUAUUGCUUAAGCGGACAUGGCUGUACUACUGGCGGGCGCCAGACUAUGCUAGAGCCAAGCUGUGGUUAAAUGCCGCUAACGCUUUGCUCAAUGGAAUGACGUAUCUUAACUCGCCUCUGACGCAGCGAGGUGCAUACAACCGUGUCUUUUCAGCAUUCAUGUCUAUGAUUGUCGGCCCGCCGUUGGGAUUGCAGGUGCAGCCACGGUUUGUGACCUUGCGAAACAUUUUCGAGCACCGCGAACGUGAGAGUGGGACCUAUCACUGGCUAGCGUUCAGUCUUUCCGCCAUUCUCGUCGAAUUGCCAUAUGCCUUCAUGACCUCACUUGCAUACUGGCUGUUGUGGUACUUCCCUGUGGGUUACUUCCGAGAUUCUAACCAUGCAGGAUACAGUUUCUUGAUGUAUCAGCUCUUCUCCGUAUUCGCUACCAGCUUGGCCCAACUCUGUGCGUCAUCAAUGCCUACCGUUGAAGCCGCACUAUCCGCCAAUGGCUUCUUCUUCAUGUUCUGCAAUACCUUCGCUGGCACUUUAUCCCCCGCACCGGUAACGCCGGCGGGAUGGCGCUGGUACUACAAGGUGUCACCCCUCUUUUACAUGAACGAAGGUGUCGUGGUGGAUGUCCUGCAUGAUCUGCCCCUCCAUUGUAAAGACUCGGAGGUGUCUAUCUUCCAACCUCCCGGAAGCACAACGUGUUAUCAAUAUGCGGCAUCUUUCCUCCAGGACGCUACAGGAUUCCUAGUCAACCCAAACAGCACCACCGAUUGCGAGUAUUGUCCAUACAAGAACGGCCAAGCUUAUUACACAAAAUAUGACUAUAGCUAUAGUCACCGCGGCCGGAAUGUUGGCGUCUUCAUCGGCUUUAUUGCCUUCAAUUUCACCAUGGUAUUGGUCAUCACUUAUCUGACCCGGGUGCGUCGUCGCUGA